AUGAAGAGUGACAAGUUGCCGCAGCCGUUCGGUGCGGCGCUGCAUACGAAAAGCAAGAAGAAGAAAGGAAAGAACAGGAGGAGAGACGGGGACAACGAGGCCGACGAGGACGACGAGCAGACAAGAGACGAGACGUUUGAUGACGUCGACAAGCGGAUCCAGAUCCCUGUCGUGACGCGCAUGAAGAUGCAGAUGAACCGCAAGAUGAACGCAGCGCACAGCAGCGCGACAGCGACGGACGACACGCGGCUUUUGCGCUCGGGCAUUGACAAGUACCGGUCGCUACAGCACCUUAGCAAUGCGUCGUCGUCGAGCGACGUGGCCCAGUCGCGGCGGGCGCGGGGCACGGUGGAGUGGUCCGUCGAGCGAGGGAUGUCACUGAUGGAGAAGAAACAGUACGGCGCUGCGAUCCCGUAUUUCACUGAAGCCCUAGACCUAUUGCCCGCAGCCCUAGCCCCCGAUCGAGCGCAAGCGUGCAGUAGUAGCGUCAAAGUGUACCACCAACGGGGUCUGUGCUACUUGGCGUCGCACAAGUACAAGGCUGCGAUCGAGGACCUGUCGAAGGUCAUGCACAUGACGCCCAAGAGUGCCGAGCUGUACGCAAAACGCGGGAAAGCGUACAGUGCGCUGGGUGAACACCACGCGGCGCUGUUGGACUACAACGAAGCGAUCAAUCUGGCUGCUACUCAAGGGUUACUUCACGACCGCGGCAGCCUCGCGGGUGCCAGUGGCACGCUCGCGUCCAGCAGUGCCAGUUUGGUGCAACUGCGAGGCUUGUACAUGGCCCGAGCCCGAGUGUACAAGGCCAUGAACAACAUCACCCACGCUCUGGACGACCUGAGUCGUGCCGAGAACGCUGCCGGCGGACAUCGCGACCACGAGCUGUUUUACGAGCGCGCGCACUUGUACCUGCAGUGCCAUCAGGAGCUCUUGGCGCUGCAGGACUUUGACCGGUUCCUCGAGCUGCAAAAAGAAGCGGAGGAGGGGCGACAUUUUGACGCCUCGGGCGGCGUCGGUGGCCUGGCUGGGUUCGUCUCGCCAUCAGUCAUGGACGCUGAACCAAGAGCGAGAGUGCUGAACGUGCUGCUGGAGCGAGCCAAGUUGCAGCAGCGAAUGGCGGUGGAAGAACAUGCGCGCGAACGAAAGGACGCUGAAGUAGCAGCGGUGGAACAAGGCCAAGCCAGGCCAGGGUCGCGAAAGAGUGGCAAGACUGCAGGAGCGUAUGCUUCGUCUGUUGCGCUGAAGCCCGAACCGUAUAGCGGCAUGGAGUCGCGACGGCUCGAGAAACGCGCGUUGCGUGACUAUUCCAGGGCACUGGAGCUUGAUUCGAGAGACGUCGAGACAUGGCGAUUGCACGGUGAGUGUCUGGUGCAUCUUGGACGGUACGAAGAUGCCCUGACAGAUUUCCAGCGGGCUCUGGAGCUCGAGCCUCACGACUUUCAGGUACUGAUGGCUCGCGCAACGCUGUUUCGGCAGCGGGGAGACUUGAAAAAGGCUGUCGAGGAAGUUACGGUCGUUCUUCGUAUGAACGGGUUUUUCAUCAACGGACUGAUGCUCCGAGCUCAGCUGUAUGAGGAAUUGGGCGCUACGAAAGAAGCAGAGAUGGACUAUUCGUCGAUCAUUUACGCGCACUUUGACGAACCUGGGAUCGGACAUGCCGUGCCGAGUGGUAAAAUCACAAUGGAGCUCGCGUCUGGUGGGACGUUGAACCUUGGCAACUACGGUGGAAAGUCAGGAAAGAGUGCGAAAGAGGAAGCAAGUGGAAGGAUCAUGAGCGAAGUGGCGGCGCAAGCCCUGCUUUGUCGUGCCCGGUUACGAUUGGCUGAUGAGCAGUUUGAUGCAGCAGAGGACGACUACCAAACGAUUCUGAAGUCGUUUGCUAACAACAUGGAAGCGCAGUUGGAGUUGCAGGAGACCCGUGAGCGUAAGGUUGCAUUUGGCGAACGGAAACAACGUGAGGCUCUGGUGUGGCUAGAAGAAAAUGCCGACGACGUUGUUAGUGCUGGGGUCGCCAAUGGAAACGGUCAUGCAACGUCUGGGAAAAGCAGAAGGAAGAAAAAGAAGAAAAAGAGGAAAGCAAACAGCGGUAACGCCGUUGCCGCUAAUGCAAGUUGGAAGCCUCCUGCCGGCUAUGUCUUGCUCGAGGAUGACGAGGAGCUACUGCAGCAGCAAGAACAGGGGAUAGAGCAGGAAGUAGAACACGAAGAGCUGGGACGAAAGCUAGAUUCCACCGAGUCGAUCUCAAGCGACACAAGAGCGAUAGAGGAGAAGGAGAAGUGUGUUCGUGGCAUUGUACCAGAACAGGAACACGAGAGCAAGAGUGGUCUCGCUGAGACAUUGACGGACGACGAACCAGUUUGCCGACAGGAUGCAGGAUCAGCGACGACGACGACGACGACGACAAUGCUGUCCAAAGGGGAAGUCUUGCAUGACAAAACUGCCAAGGCAUGUUUGCCGGAACUGGACAGUCAAAGUUCGCAAAUGAAAACGAAGCAGCACGAGCAAAACAAAGCUAGAGCUGCUUCUAUGUCACCCACGGCCUUCGUGACAAGCGUCAUGACACGAGACGAAGCAUGGGACAGCAUGUGGGACGAAGAAGCCGGUGAGCCGUUAGAAGACGGAUCGGAUCCGGUUCAAGUUCGAGCACAGUCUCGUGGUGUUGCUGAUGAUAACGAGGAGGAGACUGGCGUUGAGAUUAUGGGAAUCGAUGUUGCGAAAGAUGAAUACCAAGAAAUGACACUGGCGAACGACAACAACGUUACGGAUAGUAGUGUGGAUCCGACGCCCUCUCUUGCUGACGACGAAGCAGUCAACGAGGCUUCUGGCAGUAGCGACGAUGGGAAGGACAGCCAGGGCAAGGCAAAAGCAGUUCUUGUGGAUGAAAAGUACUUGAGAAAGCGCGAGAAGCAGUUGAAGAAGCUGCGUGCAAGUCUACAGUAUGCAUCCACCGAGCGCGACAAGGUUGCUAUUGAUGAUGCAUUGGCACGCGCUGAGCGAAAGCAAAUGAGCGACGCUCUACAGGAUGACAUCCAGCGUGCCCACAACGUUCUGGCCGACAUAGCAGUAGAAGCGCAACGGUCACGUGAACCGUUGCCCAGCUCAGCACCGACUUCGAGUCCACUGCCAAUGACUGAGCGCGGGCGAAAGCAUUUACACACAGUGCUACCGACUCCGUCUCUAUCGAAUGGUAGCUCUAGUGAGUCACCGUCGCUCGUGAUACGACCCAUUGCGUAUGGUCAGGCAUUGCAAGCUGCUGAACAACACCAGCAGCAGCUGCGAGCUCAGCAGAAGCUACUCAAAGAAAAGGAUGCUGAGAUCGCACGGUUGAAGAGUCUGUUGGCGCAAAAGGAGCAGGAGCAGGUUGAGAGGGCUGACACUCCCCAAGAAGAGCCACGGAGCACAGUGUCUCACGUAAAUACUGAAGCCGCAUCUCUUGCCCACCGAGCUUCCCGCUUGCGAGCUCAGUUUCCCGUGCAGGGUGUAGUAGCGCGUCAGGCCGAAGCCCUCAUUAAGUGGAUGGGUCCUAGCGAUGCUGCAGACCGCAUCCGACAGCAGGUCCUCUCGUUCGUGCAGCAUGUCAUAACGGCACAUUUUCCGCUGGCACCAGCGCCGCUCUUCUUCGCUACCGGGUCCUUUCCGAUGAAGACGUAUCUUCCAGGGUCGGACCUGGAUAUUUGCUUGCUAGUGCCGCGAGAGCUGGAAUCUUCGUGGUACUACAUUGUCACGCAGGCAUUGUGUGUUGCUGGAAGUAGUGGUGGGGUCGGAACGGUGUUGGAUAUCGGUAACGCGGGAGGUGUCAUUGAUGGAAGCAGCAGUAGCUCGCCAUCUCGAUUUGGCAGCGGUGUUGUCGGAAGCGGUAGCGGUCCAGUACUGCUGACGAACACAGUGCGCAAUGUGACCUUUGUGAAUGCUGACGUUCGAGUCGUCAAAUGUACAGUUGACAACAUUUCAGUGGACUUUACGGCAAACCGCGUGGGAGCUUUAGGUGCCGUGCGGCUGCUGGAUGCGAUGGCGGUCCGUGUAGGACGGCAGCACUUGUUCAAGAAGAGCGUCAUCCUCAUCAAGGCCUGGUGUACGUACGAGUCUGGCUCUUUUAUGCAAGCAGCUUCGUCGGAAAUAUGCGGACUUGGGUCGUCCGUGGUCUCAGGAAUUAUACCGUCAAGCGUGAUGGGAGCGAGCCACGGUGCGCUCUCGACGUACGCUGUGAACACGAUUGUGAUGGCGCUUUUUAACCAGCACGGCGAUGCUCUCACCCAUCCACUACAAGCGCUGUAUCUUUUUCUGGAUCGGCUGGCGGAGUUUCCGUGGCACGAGUCGGCUCUCACGCUGCAUGGCGCAGUUCCCCUUAGCCGUCUGGCGACGACGCCAUUGAAUGGAGCCCUUCGAUUCAAGUCGAAACCGAGCUCCGCCAUGCUGGAUGUUGAAGAUGUCGAAGCGCUUUGCGACGCGCUGGCAAAUCAGUUUGGAGCAUUUGAUGCAGCGCUGAAGAGCAGCAAGGGCGGUCCGGCAGGAUUGUUCCCCAUCCGUGCAUGCAACAUCGUGGACCCGCUAGAUGAGAAGAAUAAUCUGGCACGCAGCGUCUCGGCGGAGGGCUUUCCUGUCAUAAAGCGUGCCUUUCGGCUCGCACGGGAUCAGCUCGCAGCGAUGCUUUCACCUCGAUCAUCGCGCGAUGUUGACGAUGCUGAGGGGACACGAAACGAUGUGGGCACGACAUUUUUCGCGCGAUGUUGGCAGCUCUAUGGUCGAGGCGACGGGUGGCGACCCGACCUGCUGAUCCAUCCACGGCAGAUAUGGCAUGGCAAGGCUGCAUCGACGUCUAGCUCGGCGUCGACGAAGAACAGCGCUCCGUCGUCACAACCGCGGGCGUCUUCAGUUUCGCUAGUGGAUAGUGACGAGGACGAAGAGCGCCGUUGGGAAUCGUUGUUGCCGUCACUGGACGUCGGCGCUGCGAACGCUCUGCUCGUUCAGCACCAGCAAUUGCACCAGCAAGCCGCUGCAGCGACAGCGUAUCAUCACGGCUCCAUGAUAGUGCAUCAGCAGCCGUACUAUGGACCUGCUGCAAGUACGCCUGGGGUAGAGCCACGAGAGAGCUCGACGACCCCAGCGACGAUGGCGAAUGGAUCCGCGGGGCACGUAUCUUCGGGGACCCCCGAGUUGGCGCCGCAGCACCAGUCGCCACUGCGCCGGCCGUAUGGAAGUCCAGGCAGUAGCAAUCGGCGCGGCAAGUCACCGGCACCAUCGGGAAGGGACAUGGGGCGCGGAGAACAUGUUCAGGGGAGGCCGAUUGCCGGAGCACAUGUAAGGUAA